CCCUGACUUCCAACUCCCAGACCUGUACUGCUACUAGUACUAGUAGCUGCUCUCCUCCUCGAUGCAGACUUCUCUCUCCCUUUCUCCUCUUCGAUCUCCUGAGAUAGAGGAGAGGAGAGGAGAGAGACCAGCCAUGGCCGGCAACCGAGGCGGCGGAGAUGCCGGGGAAUCGGAGUGGCUCAAGGUGGCGGAGCUCAGGGCCAUGGCGGAAUCCCAGGAACCCCAUGCCAAGGAAGUGGACAACCUGACGCUGAGGAGGUUCCUGCGGGCGCGCGACCACAACGUGGAGAAGGCGUCGGCGAUGCUGGUGAAGGCCAUCCGGUGGAGGAAGGAGGCGGUGCCCGGCGGCUCGGUGCCGGAGGAGAAGGUGCGGCGCGACCUCGACGACGACAAGGUCUACAUGGGCGGCGCCGACCGGACCGGCCGCCCCAUCCUCCUCGCCUUCCCCGCCAAGCACUUCUCCGCCAAACGCGACAUGCCCCAGUUCAAGAGCUAUGUUGUCUACCUGUUCGACAAGAUCUGUUCCAGGAUCCCAAGAGGACAGGAGAAGUUCGUCUGCAUCGUGGAUCUCAAGGGCUGGGGAUACUCCAACUGCGACAUCAGAGCUUACAUCGCCGCCAUUGAGAUCAUGCAGAAUUACUACCCAGAGAGGCUUGGCAAGGCUCUGAUGAUCCAUGUACCCUACAUGUUCAUGAAGGCCUGGAAGUUGAUCUACCCGUUCAUCGAUAACGUCACAAGGGACAAGUUCGUGUUCGUCGACGACAAGAGCUUGCAAGAGGUGCUGCACCAGGAGAUCGACGAGAGCCAGAUCCCAGAUACGUUGGGCGGGAAGUUGGAGCCGGUUUCCCUCAGGAACUACGAGCGGACCCUGCCUGCUUAAAUUAACCUUAAUAAUUAGCAGUUACUACCUUAGAAGAACAGAAAUUAUACACACAUGAAUGUAUGUACCGAGUUGCCUCGAGACAGAGAUUAUAAUGUAAUUUGUGAAGGAAAAAAAAGAGAGAGAUGCAGCUCUGAGCACAGCUGGUCGCACUGUUCGUAGUGCCGUCAUCAUCUCAGUAACAGAGCUUUCUGUUCAGUAGUUUACAUGCUGUGACAGAAGUAAUUAAUACGAGCUCCAUGUUGAAAAAAAAUGUGAAAGGGAAGCCACAUGGUGAAGAACAUUAAUAAAGGGUUACUUACACCGUUCCCACUUAUGUUA